AUGUCUGCAGAAAUUAUUGCCGUUCCUUCGGCUAUGAUUCCAAGAGAAUUGCGCUCCGAUGAUGAAACAUCAUUCAUGUUCCACGUCGAUAAGAAUAGCUCAUGUGGAUGCUCAUGCUCUUCUUGCCAGUGUACUUCUAUCAUCAAGGAAUAUUUUGAUGGUGAUGGGGUGGACUCUUCCAAUACUGAGAAAAGAGGAUUAGCUUGCGGUUGUUCCUCCUCUUGUUGCGAAUCUGGAAAGAGAGAAUCAACAGCUUCUUCCGAAAGCAAAAUGAAUGAUCCCUCUUCUGGAUGUAUUGAGAAUUGUUUCAUGAAGAGAAUUAGACAGAUUUAUCACUUUGAAAUCGUUUUGGUUCGUAAAAAGAGUGAGAAUAAUGCGAUGGAUAUCAUUGAAAAGUUGAAAGACCAAGCAUUCAUCUCUAUUGCUGAAAGCGAAGGAGAAUUGAGAGUUUAUGUUUCUGGUUAUGUUUCACUUUUUCAGUUGCUGAAUAAUUUGUUUGAAUCUCACCGCAAAUCUUUCCAUAUUAAGAAUGCAAGAACUAUGAAGGUUCAUCAGGUUAAAUUUCAUGAUUCUUGCAAAAUGAGAUGCAAUGGAUGUAGCUCUAAGGUUGAGAAAGCUUUUGUUGAUUUAAAAGAUGUAUCACACAUGUUUUGUGACUUGGAAGAUCAAACGGUCAUCUUUUUCUUUAGCCAAGAAUCCACAAGACAUGCCAUCAACGAUAUUCUUACAAAUGAUUUGAAAAAGACAUAUGAUGUUCUCAACUCCAAUAUCGAAAUUGUUCAUGAAGAACAUAAUCAGGAAAAUGUCCUCACCUUGAAGGUGGAAGGUAUGAGAUGUGGUGGAUGUACCUCCAAAGUCAAGAAAUUGCUUGAAGAUCAAUUCAAAGCUCACGAUGUGAAUAUUGAUCUUUCAGCAAAGAAGGUUGUUUUCAAAGUUGCUGAUCCAAACGUAGAAGAGAAGAUUAUUGAAGAAAUUGAGAGUCUUGGAUACUCAUGCUCUAGAUUUGCCGAUUACAAAGAACACAGUAUUAAGGUUAAUGGAAUGAGAUGUGGAGGAUGUAAAAACAAGAUUACUCAAGCUCUUCAAAGUGAUGAAAGGGUCUAUUUUGUGGAUGUAGAUUUGGAAAACAAACUUGUCAGUGUUCAAUGUGAAUACGACGAGCCAAGUGUGUUGAUUGAAAAAAUCGAGAGUCUUGGAUUUAAAUGCGAAAAGGAGGUUGAGAUGUUUACCAUCAGAACAGCUAAAACUUCUCCAACUACUGCAUAUAAGAAGGAGGUUGAUGAAGAUGCUUUGAAAGAGACACCAUCUACCGGUAACUUAUACUUAUAUGCACCUGUUGAUGAAAUGGAAGAGAUUGAAAUUGAAAUGCAUGAUGUCAGAUUGCUGCAUCACAAAGACGAUGGAGUUGAAUAUGCUGCGGCGUCUCCCAACAAGAAAUGUGUCGUCUCCAUUGAUGGAAUGAGUUGUGCAUCCUGUGUUGCAAAAAUUGAGAAAGCACUUAAGAAAUUGCCUGGUGUUAGUAAUGCCGUGGUAAACUUGAUCAUGCAAAAAGGUGACAUUACUUAUGACGACUCGCUUAUUACUGAAAAAGAAAUUGUGAAGAAAAUUGAAUCACUCGGAUACAAGUGUGAAAGCUUGACAGAACAAAUGUCUAACGAAAAGAACAAGCUUUUAUUAAGCGUCCAUUCAGGCCACAAAGACGAGUUAGUUGACCUUAUUACCCAUAUUCCAGGUGUUAUUGACAUUUCAGUUGGGAUUGAUGAGGACAAGUCCAAUUCCAUGCUUACAAUUUUAUUUGACAGCAAUGUAGUUAAGGCUAGAAAGAUUUAUGAUGAGGCAAUUGCAAGAGCCAGCCAGUCCAACUUCGACGUCAAGAUAGUUAAAUCUUCCAUGAUGAAGAACAAGUUGGACACUCUGGCCAGAAAACAGGAGAUUAAGAAAUGGAUGUUCUACUUUAUCUUUUCUGCAUCCUUUACUUUACCUGCCAUGAUCAUUGCCAUGAUCUUUGGUAAUAUUCAUGAAACCAAAAUGGGGUUGAUGACACAAAUAGCUCCAGGAUUGACUGUGAUGAGUCUUAUCAUGUUUUUGUUGAUCACCCCUGUCCAAUUUAUUGGAGGCUACCCUUUCUAUCUUCUAUCCUUGAAGGCAUUGAAAGCUCGUUCACUUGAUAUGAACGUCCUUAUUGCAAUUGCCACUACUGAAGCUUAUGGAUAUUCUCUAUUUACCAACAUUUACAACAUGGUUGAAGGAAAGAUCUCUAUUGAGCAUGAUUAUUUUGAAACUGCUGCUGCCUUGAUCAUGUUUUUAUCUCUUGGAAGACUAUUGGAAAGUAUUGCAAAAGGGAAAACUUCAUCAGCUCUUGUGACCUUGUUGAAUCUCCAACCAGCUGUUGCAAUUCUUGUCGAUGAAACAGAUAACUCUGAGAAGGAGAUUGAUGUCGAUCUAGUCCAAGAAGGGGAUAUCUUGAAAGUUAUUCGUGCAAAUAAGGUUCCAGUUGACGGUGUGAUUACUUCAUUGGAUGGAGAGGCUUUGGUGGAUGAACAAAUGAUUACUGGUGAAUCUUUACCUGUCACAAAGAAAGUUGGAUCUGAAGUGAUUGGUGGAACCGUCAAUGUUGGAGACACUUAUUUUUACAUGAGAGCCACCAGAGUAGGAUCAGACAGUACCUUGUCAGGAAUCGCAAAACUUGUUGAACAAGCUCAAACAGAUAAGCCACAAAUCCAAGGUUUAGCAGAUAAGAUUUCUUCAUGGUUUGUUCCUGCUGUCAUCUUGCUCAGUAUCAUUGUCUUUGUUGUUUGGGCGAUUCUUGGUGCUUUCGACAUGUAUCCAAAAGAAUGGAGAGCUGACCAUAUGAGUCCCUAUGUCUUUGCAUUGCUGCUAAGCACUUCCACUGUCAUUAUCGCAUGUCCAUGUGCAUUGGGUCUUGCGGUACCUACGGCUACUAUGGUCGGCACUGGACUCGGAGCCAAGCAUGGCAUUUUGAUUAAGGGUGGUAGUCCUAUUGAAAUUGUUAAAAAAGCAACUGCUGUCACGUUUGACAAAACAGGAACCCUCACAAAGGGAGAAUUAGUGGUUGAUGAUAUUGAAAUGUUUGAUGAUAAUGCUGUACUUGCUGACAUUAUUAGAUAUACUGCAGUGGCAGAAUCAAGCAGCGAGCAUCCAAUUGGAAAAGCCCUCGUGAAAUUCUGUAAACAGCAUGUGUCCUAUAACGAGGCAUUAUUCAAUGCCUCCUCUUCAUCAAUGACCGAAUUUAAUGCCGUUUCAGGAAGAGGUAUUAGCUGUAAUAUUGAAAAUGUUCACAUUGAUAUCGGAAAUCAACAAUUUAUGUAUGACCAAGAAUGUGUCAUGCCUGAGUUUAAUGAUUCUAAUCGUUAUCAAACAUUGGUUUUUGUUGCUAUUAACAAAAAGUUACAAGCUUUAUUUAGUUUGUCUGAUGAGAUUAGAGAAGAAUCAUUCCAAGUAGUUAAAGAUUUACAUAAUAAGGGACUAAAUGUAUUCAUGUUAACAGGUGACAACAACAGCGUCGCAAAUUAUGUUGGUGACAAACUUGGCAUUCCAUCGGAUAGAAUUUUCUCGCAGCUUACACCUGCGGGUAAAACCAACAAAGUGAAAGAAUUGCAAGACAAUAAGGAAAUUGUUAUUAUGAUUGGAGAUGGUAUUAAUGAUGCACCUGUUAUUGUUCAAGCAGACGUUGGAAUUAGUGUCGGACAAGGAACAGACGUGGCAAUUGAAUGUGCUCAAAUUAUUCUCAUGAAGAACGAUCUGCGAAGUUUAGUUUCCACAAUUUCACUUUGUAGAAGCAUUUACAACAGAAUUGUAUUGAAUUUUGUUUGGGCUUUUGGAUAUAACCUUGUAGCUGUGCCUUUUGCUGCUGGUGUGUUCUUCCCCCUUAUCAAAGUGAUGAUUCCACCUUGGGUGGCUGGUAUUGCGAUGGUUUCCUCAUCCAUUUGCGUGUUGUUAUCUUCUCUUUCCCUUAGACUGCACAGAAUGUAA